AUGAAGUGUUCAGUGAAACAGGAGCUUCGACCAGUGUCCUACUAUUUCAAGGCAGCAACGAGUCUCUUGCACUCGCAGAAACAAGCCCUUUCCGGCAAAUGGAGUUUUGUGGAAAAGGCCUACCUCGGUCAAUUCUUCAUGUGGCUUUGGCGGCUCCCGGAGAGGCUGAGAGUUGCUCAGCACCAGCGCUUGACACUGCGCGGUGCGAAGAUCUUGCGGUGGGAGUGCGAUACUCCCCUGGCUCGGGAGAUGGCAGCGUAUCCGGAGGCAGCUGACUUCUUGAGCUUCUGCUUGGAGAGAAGUGGAGAUUUCUCGAAGCGAGACUGGCUUGCAUCUUUGACGCUGUUGACAGUGCGAAAGCGCUUCAGCACAUCAUUGCCGCAGUUCCAGGAGUACAGUCAGCUGCUGGUCUCGAAGGCAGACGUACAUUUUCAGGAUAGCGUGCACCUUCUGCUCCACCGAUAUGGCGUUCUGGGCUACGCUCCGGCGGUGUGGAGGCUGCUUCCACUCAUGGCGGCUCGCAUACCUCUUAUGACACCGAAGCAGUUGGCGCUCUGUGCUUGGGGCCUUGGGCAGCCUGCCAGGCGAACAUUGGUCCACGACGACCAGGCCUGGACUUCUCUUGGCGCUGCUCUCUGUGACCGGGCCCAGGAGUUCUUGCUGGCAGACUUGGCAAUGUAUGCUUGGGGCUGGGCAGCAGUUGACCGUGUUUCACCUUCCGAAGUUGUGGUGCUGAAGCAAUCAGUCCGGAAUUUGCUCUUUGGGCAGAGUCUGCCUGAGUCGAGCCACAACCUCUGCAUUUUGCUGAAAGCACUUGGCAAGCUGACGCCCGACGACCGGCGAUUCCUUGAGUGGCUUCUGUUGCUCAUGCUGGAGGCGAUGGAGACGCGCUCCAUUUCUUUUGCAGCACAGGGCCUCACGAGUAUUUGGGCGGCUCUAGGCAUGCUGAAAUGGCGGCCGGAGGAACGCAUGCUGGAAGUCCUUUGCGAGGAGUCUCGGCGAUUGCGCCUGGACCACACCUUCAAUCAGGACAUGGCAGCAGAGCUCGCAAAGGCUCUUUUGAUUCUGGACGUGGACGAUGCCAGGCCCGUGUAUCAAGUGGCCGACUAUGUUGCGAGGCGGGGUCUUUCCCUUCGAGCUGACACCCUGUUGGUGCUUGCGGAAUUCUUUGCGGCGCGGGGGGUUAGCCACGACCUGGCAUGGAAGAGAUUGGGCGUGCGUGCUCAGCAGCGUGGGGUCGACCUUCGUCUGCAUGAUAUCGACCGCCUGGUGGCAGCCUUCCGCCGUGCAGGGCGAGGCAAUCAAAGGAUCUACGGCAUGCUGUAUGGCUUCGUGGCACAGGAGCUCGAGCAAGUCAUGCCGGAACUGGUCCGAAGUCACAAGGAUCGCAAGCAUGUGGUGUAUCAAGACCUCAUAGCACUCCUCACCUUGGCAUCGCAGGUUCAGCAGGAUCGCCUGGCUGCGCAUGAGGCUCGGGCACGCGAGCGGGCCCAGAAGCUCAAAGAUCAGGACAAUCGCUUGCAGACAUUACUUGUGCAGACCAGCCAAGCCUUCUCGGUGAGUCGGUCCCCAAAGGUGCGCAGCUUCUUGAAUCCAUGCUUGGUACUGUUGUCCUUCGUAAGUCGUGCCACAGCUCCUCUGUCCAUAUGUCCACAGCUUCUCAUGACAGAUGGUUUUGCCGAGGAUGAGGGUCCAGGCUGUCAGGAAGCGGAGGAAGUUAGCGACGCAUUGUUCAGCGUCGCCUCGGAUGCUGCAGCUUCGGGCGUUCCCCGGGUGAUGUGCUGCGAGGCCGACGGUUCUCUUCCGGAGGACAUCUAUUCCUUCCUUGGGGGAAGGAGCAGGCUGGUGGAGCCUGUCCUGCACGGCCAUCGAAGCUUCAUAGGAUGUUAUGGCAGUCCUGCCCUUGGCCUGCCUGUGUUGAAUUCACUCCUGCGGCCAGCGUCCUGCGACAUGAUGACGGGUGCUGCGCAUUUGGCACCGCAGCGGCUGUUGCGUCUUGGAGUGUCUUUGCUUGAGUGCUGCGAGGACGAGCAGCCACAGUGGCGCGAUUCCAUAGCUGAGAAGCUAUUUGAUCCGUUUGCAUUGGCUGACAAUGCACUGCUUUGCACCAGCGAGCCGCUGAAGCAGUGCUUGGACCGGGUGGAUGAAUGCUUGUACCGUAGAUCAAGAGAUGCAGGCCAGCCUGGCACAAGCCACUUUAUCCUGGAGCUGACAGCUGCCCACGCGAAUGAGAUGGGCGCGCUGACCGUGGUUUUCCUGGCCUCGCUGGCCUCCGCCGGCUUGCCCAGGACCGCUCAGGCACCUGAGCCCUUGCGCCGACAUGCCGAGAGUUUGAGACAGAUUUCCAUGGUUAUCAACCGCCCAAGAACGGGCUUUGGCCUGACAUCAGUUACAGGUUCCAGCCUGGAUCCUGGAGCCACCCUGCUGCUCCUGACGCCAAAACCUGCGGCAUCAAUGCACGAGUCCCUGGCAGCGAACAUCGCUGCUAGGUGUCUCAAGUUGCAAGAGGAAGCAGCUGCCACGAAACCCGAAGGAGGCCCGGGCAUCACCAUCAGCCCGGCCCUGGCAGUGUACAAGCAGAGCGUGUGGCCCAAACGGGAAUCUGCAAGUGGCCCUUCACUGGUGGCAUCGCAAGAGGCAGUCCAGACUUCAACGGGCCCUCUGCACCGCAUCGUAUCACAAACCCCGGCGACACCACGGGCGAUAGAGACCUCAAUGUGGCAAAGGAUCACAGACUGGGAGAGCUUCAAUGUGGAUACCUGGAUAAAGGAUGCACAGAAAAAUGGCCGUAGCGAGGCCGAGAAGGUGUCCGACUUGACCAAGAUGGUCGGGCAGAUGCAAGCCCUAAUUCGUACAAUGGCGGGCCAUUUGAAGGUGUCUGCCACGCCAAUUAGUAGCAGCUUUCGACAGCGUGUCGACGCAUCGAGCGUGGAUGCCACAUCGCCCCGGGUGGCACUCAACAGCCCCUAUGCCACACCAUCUCGGCAGAUUCACAACAUGCCGCUUCAUGCGCUGGCUUCCACUGGUAAUCUGGCUGCGUGCUCUCCGAGACAUCCACAGUCACUGAGCGGUGAGGAGCACGCAUCUCCAUUGACGCGCAGCUGCUCUGCAAACUACCCUGUAGGCUCUGUCUUGUCGCACAAGGGCAGCGGCCUUCUGAGCAUUGUGGGCGAGGUCCAGUCGCCUGUCGCGAUCAAGAGGGACCUGUCUCCUGCGGAGGUUCGCCAUGUGCAGUCGCUGGCACCGCCACCCAAAGCGAACCAGCAGAGCCGCAGCUCCGCUCCCUACUGGAUGAGUCCGUGGCAGUCUGCUGCUGUCCUGCAGCAGCCACUGCAACAGCCGGCACCAGUGUCCGUUGCAGCGGAAAGCCACGUUCUGCAUUCGCCGAGGACUUGUGCUCAGCAACAAGGUGUGAUUCUUCGUUCGGGGGUUUGUUCGAGUCUUCUGUUCCAACUCCUUGAUGCCAGUGAUUUUCUUUGA